GAAGAAGGCGGAAGAAUAACAACUAUGGCGGCUCGUGAGGAGAGGAGCCGGCAGAGGAGGAUUUCUGAGAGCUGACCGGUGACGUUAGAGAAGUCAUACAGCUCUGGUCUCUUGGUCUGAUUCCAGCCCUGUUUUCCUGGCCUUGUUCCAGUCCUGGAUGCAGGUCAGCAGCAGGCCGGUGGUGGAGGUGGUCCGUCUGGGCCUUGUCUCCUACCAGGAGGCUCUGCGGCUCCAGCAGGUCUAUGUCAACCGGCACCGGUCAGGUCCAGCUCACGCUCUGCUGCUGUGUCAGCACCCGCCAGUCUACACCACCGGGAUUCGCCACAAACCUUACCCCGCCCCCUUGCUGGACCGCCUCCGCCUGCUGGGGGCUGACGUCCACCGCACCAACCGAGGAGGACUCAUCACGUUCCACGGGCCGGGACAGCUGGUGUGCUAUCCGGUCCUCCACCUGGCCAGCUUCAAGAAGAGCGUCCGCUGGUAUGUCUGUGAACUGGAGAAGACCAUCAUCUCCGUCUGCAGCAGGUUUGGCAUCGAAGCGUCGACAUCGCCUCACACUGGAGUUUGGGUCAGAGACAGCAAGAUCUGUGCCAUCGGAAUCCAUUGUGGUCGAUACAUCACGUCUCACGGCUUGGCCCUGAACUGUAACACUGACAUGUCGUGGUUCGAACACAUCGUGCCAUGCGGUAUCGAAGGUAAAGGAGUGACGUCACUGAGCGCCGAGCUGCAGAGAGACGUCAGCGUGGAGGAAACCGUUCCUCACCUGCUGGAUGCCUUCAGGGACCAGUUCAACUGUCGGCUGAUGGACGCACAAACACCUGAGACUGAGCAGGACAGCGGAUCGUCGUCAGCGUAGAAACUAAAACAUCACAGACGCUCUGUUUAAACAUGUCGGACAUCAGUUUGAUCUCCAUGUGUCCAGAACGGACAGACGUCCUGGAUCUCAUGUACAUGUUGGAUCACACAGUCAGAUAAGAAUUAAACUUUAAACUUUACAGAAACUUAUUUAAAAAAAUAAUUUAUAUAAUUAAGUUUAUCCCAUUUAUUUGUCAGAGACAAUGAACAAAACAUUCAUCUGACACAAGCAGACUAACAGAGACCUCGUUAUAUAUGAUUAUCUCCUUAAAUGUCCAUUUACAGUGAUGACAUCAUCAUGAGGGGGUGAAUUAAAGCAGGAUUUAUACUUGUGUGUCGCUCAAUGCAAACCCUACGCACAUGAGCAUUUUUACUUGUGCAGUGGUGUGUCUGUGUCACUAUGCAGUUACACCUCCAGAACACUAGUUGGCAGCAGGGUUUAUGUGAAUUACUGGAAAGUUUAGUUGAUUCAAAACACACGUUAAACGCACAGUUAACAUGUUAAACACACAUUAAACACGUUAAAUGCACAUUAAACACAGUUAACACACAUUAAACAUGUUAAACACAAUUAAUGCACAUUAAACAUACAGUUAACACACAUUAAACACAAACGUGUUAAACACACAUUAAACACACAUUAAACACAUUAAACACACAGUAAACACAUUAAACACACAUUAAACACAGUAAACACACAGUUAACACACAUUAAACACACAUUAAACAUGGCUUAAUAGAGACAGUUUCAAACACAAAUCAGCUUCACUAUAACUCGCAGCAUUCACAGACAAACACUUGUCUUUAUCUGGACACAUUUUCCCCACAAAUACAACAUGCUAACGUUAUUAGCACAAGCCUAUGGCAUUUUACAUUGUAUACAUUAGCCUAGCAGCUAGCGAGCUCUUCCUCUACUCACAUGAAGCCAGGAGCAACAGCAACAUUUAACAAAGGUAACGUUACAAAAUUCGGCUCCAUUACAGCUCACAAGGUUCACUGACAAAACAACUGUCUUACACUAAACACGUUUUCCAAACAAAUACAACAUGCUAAUGUUAUUAGCACAAGCCUAUGGCAUUUUACGUUGUAUAAAUUAGCCUAGCAGCUAGCGGAGGUUUCCUCUGCUAAUAUGAAGCCAGGAUAAAUCACACACAAGACUUAAAAUACUAUUUUUGUGGAGGCUUUAUUGUCUUCACAAUUUAUCGUUUCUUAUCUGUGAAAUUAAAGAAAAGUUUUGUUUCCACUUCCAACACAGACUCUACGCUGUAUGGCAUCGAUGCAUAAGUAUAAAUCCUGUAUUAGAGUGUCUUAAGAGAAAAGUUUGAGAGGGAAGUUUAACGAUGUUAAGAAAUCAAACUGCUGCUAAACCACACUGCCUUCACAUACACAGUGUUUUUAUAUUUUACAUGUCUGUUUGUACAUCUGUUCAACAAUAAAAUCUUAUGUGCA